CUCCUGCACCUUCAUCAACGACGUUCAGCACCCUCGCACACUGUCGCGCCAAGCCCGUACUGACCCGAUCCUCGUCCCUCUCCCCCGUCCUCUUGGAGCAGACCUCACCAUGUCCGACGAAGAGAACCAGACCGUUGUCCUCCAGACCGCCGGCUUUGACGCGCGCUUCCCCAACACCAACCAGUCGAGGCAUUGCUUCCAGGCCUACGUCGACUACUUCCGCUGCGUCAACGCCAAGGGCGAGGACUUCCCGGCCUGCAAGACCUUCUGGCGCACCUACCACUCGCUCUGCCCGAACGAGUGGAUCGCCAAGUGGGACGAGCAGCGCGAGGAGAACAAGUUCCCGGCCAAGCUCGACUAAGCGUGCCGCUUCGGUCGCACGAGGACGUGGUGGACGUGUCGGGCGAGGUAGAGAGGGGUCUUGGCGGGUGCAAGCCGCGGUGUGUUUCGUGUCGAGCGUGCGCCUGGAGGUUGAGAGCGGUUCUGCGUCGCGAGGAGAGCAGCUCUGCCGUUCCGAUCGACUGAGAGGGCCAGUUGAGCCGGUCCUU